UCUGCGCUGAUUUUACGGCGCUUUUCUCAACUUCCCUGGACUUGAACAUUUAAAACCUCAGCAUGGGCUUUGAGUUGGAUCGUUUCAGCGGUGCGGUGGACCCGGACCUGAAGUGCAACCUGUGCCACAAAGUGCUGGAAGAGCCACUCACUACGCCGUGCGGGCAUGUCUUUUGUGCCGCUUGCGUGUUGCCCUGGGUGGCGCAGCAGCGCAGCUGUCCGGCGCAGUGCCGCCGGCGCGUGUCUGCCCAGGAGUUGCACCACGUGCCGCCGCUCAAGAGCCUCGUGUUAAAGCUGGACAUUCGGUGCGAGCACCAGGAGCGGGGCUGUCGCCAGAUCGUCAAACUGCAACAACUCUCCGAGCACUCGGAGCAGUGCGACUUCGCCCCGGCGCGCUGCCGAAACACGGGCUGCAGCCAGGUGCUCAAUCUGAAGGACGUGCAGGCGCACAUGCGCGACUCCUGCGAGUACCGGGCAGCCGGGGUGUGCGAGCAGGGCUGCGGGCUGCCUCUCACCCACCGGGAGCGCUACACGGACGGGCACUGCUGCGUGCGCUCCCUCAAGGCGCACAGCGGUGCGCUGCAAGCCAAAGUGCUGAACCUGGAGAAGGAGUGCAAAAAACAAGCCAUGCGCGCAAGCAAAAGGGAGAAAUCCCUACUGGCGCAACUUUCUGCCGUCCACAACGAGCUGCAAAUAACUGCUCUCCGCUAUCAGAAAAAGUUCACCGAGUACAGUGCGCGCAUCGACUCGCUCAACAAGAGCCUCGCUCCACCCGUCAAGGGUGGUGAGAGCAAAAGUGUCCUAGUUGUGCUCUACAGGGAAUCUGGAUCUUUGGGAUUUAACAUUGUUGGAGGAAGACCAUGUGCGGAAAAUGAAGAUGGGAUGUCAAAUGAAGGCAUUUUUGUAUCAAAGAUUGUGGAGAAUGGAGCUGCUGAUAAAGAAGGAGGUCUACAGAUUCAUGAUAGAAUAAUGGAGGUAAAUGGCAAAGACUUGUCCAAGGCGACCCAUGACCAGGCAGUGGAGGCCUUCCGCACAGCCAAGGAACCCAUCAAAGUGCAGGUGUUGCGCAGGAUGCCGAGGCCCAAACCAGCAGGACUUGAUGGGGACACACAGCUUACGGACAUCAGCACUCAGACUGACAUCACCUUUCAGCAUAUCAUGGCUCUUAGCAAGCUGCCCGCAUCUACACCACCAGCGCUGGAUCAGUACCUACUACCUGAGGGACGUUCUCCUAGGCAUGAGUACUUCGACCCUAAUGAUUUCCUGGAAGGCAUGCAGCAGGACAUGGAAAGAGAGGAGCUUGAGUAUGAGGAGGUGGAUUUGUACAGGACAAAUAUCCAGGACAAGUUGGGCUUGACCGUGUGCUACAGGACUGAUGAUGAAGAUGAAACCGGGAUCUACGUAAGCGAGAUUGAUCCAAACAGCAUUGCUGCAAGAGAUGGUCGAAUCAGAGAGGGGGACAGAAUAAUUCAGAUCAAUGGUAUAGAGGUACAGAACCGGGAGGAGGCGGUGGCCCUGCUUACGAGUGAGGAGUACCAGAACGUAUGUCUGCUGGUGGCCCGGCCAGAGAUACAGCUCGAUGAAGGAUGGUUGGAGGAUGACAGAAAUGAUUUCCUGGAUGAUUUGCACAUGGACAUGCUGGAGCAGCAGCAUCAUCAGGCUAUGCAGUUCACUGCCAGCAUGCUCCAACAGAAGAAGCAUGUGGAUGAUGGAGGCAUCAUGGACACGAGCACACUGCUUUCACAGCAACAUGAGAAGGACAGUGGCGUAGGCCGUACAGAUGAAAGUACACGCAACGACGAGAGUUCAGAACAGGAGAACCUCUGUGACGACCAGACCAGUGCUUCUACAACUCUGGGUAGUCGCCGGCGCUUAGCCUACAGCCAGGACACGCUGGGAAGCAGCGAUCUACCCUUCAGCAGCGAGUCCUUUAUCUCGGUUGACUAUGCCGACGCAGAGUUCCUGGGAGACUUCCCAGCUGAUGAGUGUGAGCGAUUCCGGGAGCUGCUGGAGCUCAAGUGCCAGGUGAGGAGUGGGGACAUCAUGGGCUGGCCCAGAAUUGGCCAAGUCAGCAGCCAAGGAUUAGGCACCACUGGCGAGGAUAGUGUGGACAAGGAACUGGAGCUCCUCAAUGCAGAGUUGCGCAACAUAGAACUUGAAUGCCUGAGCAUCGUCCGGGCCCACCGGACACAGCAGUUGCGGGAGCAACCGUGGAUGCUGCACAACAGUGGCUUCCGCAACUACAACACAAGUGUCGAUGCCCGUCGCCAUGAGCUGGCUGAUAUCAGCGAGCUGCCCGAGAAGUCAGACAAAGACAGUUCGAGUGCUUACAACACAGGUGAAAGCUGCCGCAGCACGCCACUUACCCUUGAACUCUCACCUGAUAACUCUUUGCGUCGGGCCAACGAAGGGCCCCCAGAAGCCGAUGCAAAAGGAGCAGUAUCAGGCCCUAACACCAGAGUCCCGAAACCCAUGCUGUCACCCGUUCAAGAGGGUUCCAUCUCAAGCAGAAGCCGUACUGCUCCUGCCAACGAGCCUGACUCUGGGCACCAGCCCGAAGCCAAAGACCGCAAGCAAGGCCGUCUCGGGCAUCCACACUCCCCUUACAAACACGCCCACAUUCCAGCACAUGCCCAGCAUUAUCAGAGCUACAUGCAUCUGAUCCAGCAGAAGUCAGCUGUGGAGUACGCUCAAAGCCAGUUGAGCCUCGCCAGCAUGUGUCGGGAUCCGGUUUCAUCCGCUGAUCUGGAACCCAAGGCUGAAUGGAAGGUGAAGAUUCGCAGCGACGGCACACGCUACAUCACCAAGAGACCAGCGCGUGACAGAUUACUGAAGGAACGUGCCCUGCGUAUCCGUGAAGAACGCAGCGGUGGCAUGACCACGGAUGAUGACACUGUCAGCGAGCUGAAGAUGGGCCGCUACUGGAGCAAGGAGGAGCGCAAGCAACACGCAGUGCGUGCCAAGGAGCAGCGCCAGCGCCGCGAGUUCAUGAAGCAGAGCCGAACAGACUGGCUGAAGGAGCAAAGCGUAGGUGUCACCGAUGACAAGAAGGAGCCCAACAUUAUCGAAUUAAGCCACAAGAAGAUGAUGAAGAAGCGCAACAAGAAGAUUUUUGACAACUGGAUGACUAUUCAGGAACUGCUCACGCAUGGAGCAAGAUCUCCAGACGGAACAAGAGUCUACAACUCGCUGCUGUCGGUGACCACAGUGUAACCCUUGGAUCUAUGUGCUGUACAUACGACACUACCAUUGGUGUAGAGUAUCCUGCCCCGUUCAAAGUGGCAAUGUUUGUAAAUUGGACCCUGUCAGAAAGGAUUUCAUGAUAAGCAGUCAACGGAAGGUACAUGAAAGUCUC